AUGCGUAAAUUUCCCUUUUUCGAUCUUAACUUUCUCUGCGCCACCACCUGUACCAACCGCCGUAUCAUCCUCUCCAAUGUGCUCUUCAACUUUUCCUUGAAGUUGUGGUUGGAGGCCACUGUUAUUAGUGACGCUACCCGUAAAGGUGGCAGUAAGCCCCGUAACCUCAUCCCUCACCGCCUCCAACUUACUGUCCACGGCUCGGGCGGGGCUUUCUGGUUGGCCAGGGGGAAAAGAGUUGGUGGUAGUCGCCGCGGUAAGCUGACCGUCAAGCUUGUUGGCAUACCCGAGGACGGUAUCCAAUUCUUGUGCGAUGCUUGUCUGAUGUGGCUUUUCUCCCACCCUGUAUGUGCCGAGCAGGAUGGACUCAAUUUCGUUGGCCACCUGACUGGUGGUGGCGGAGAGACCAAGCAGCGUGGCUUCUACUGCUACUUUCAGAUGCAGGUUGCUUUUUGCAGCAGCGUUACUGUCAGUACUCUUCUGGAAAAUCGUCUGAGAAAGCGUGCCAAUUCCCUUCUUAAGUUCAUUAUCAAGCUGCUCGACAAAAUACGUGCAGGCUUGCUUUACGGAUUUAAUGGUUGUUUGGAUGUUGUUAUCGGACAUAUUAACCUUUUCGCCAGCUUGAUCAAUCGCUAUGACAAACGUACUCCCAAUUGCCUUCUUAAUACCAUCGCGGACUUGUAA